AUGACGUCGGUACAGACACCACACAUCGACGCAUCAGAGCAAUUGCUUCGCAAGAGCUUAAGGAUAGACGAAGCUAGCCGCAAACGCAAAUUGGAUGAUGAAUCUGGUAGAAUAGAACUGGAAAGCACUGGUGAUAAAAAGAACGUGGAUCAAGAGGCACAACAGUUGGAGAAGCUAGCUAAGAAGCAAAAGUUGGAAAAGGAAAAGGAAGCAAAGAGGCUCAGAAUGGAAGAGGAAAAGAAAGUCAAAGCGAAAAGAAUUGAAGAAGAGAAGGAAGCUAAGAGGAAGAAGCUAGAGGAAGAGAAGGAAGCCAAACGAAAGAAAACUGAACAAGAGAGGCUAGAAAAAGAAAGGAGAAAAUUAGAGGAGAAAUUGGAAAAGGAAAAGAAGAAGGAACUGGAGAAAUUGGAACGCGAGAGGAAGAAACAAGCUGAACAGGCUGAAAAGGAACGAAAGAAACGUGAGGAGCAAGCUGAGAAGGAACGCAAGAAACAAGCUGAACAGGCAGAAAGGGAGCGUAAGAAACAGGCAGAGUUAGCUGAGAAAGAACGUAAAAGAGAAGAGAGGGAGAGGGAGAAGCUAGAAAAGAAGUUAAAACUAGAGGAAGAAAAGAAAGCUAAGGAAUUGGAAAAGCAAAGGAUUGAAGAGGAAAAGAAAAAGGCAGAGGAGGCCAAGGAGAGAAGUCAAAUGAAAAUAUCCAAUUUCUUCCAAGUUCGUCCGCAAACGAAACAAGUCAAGGAGAAUGAUGUCAAGGUAGAAAUGAAGGACAUUGAAAAGAGUGACUAUGAAACUGAGUUUUUGCCAUUCUUUGUGCAACGUAAUGUAACUUUGAAAAUGUACGAUUAUUGCACUGAUGAUUCUAAGCUGGAACUUGAUUCAAUAAUGACAAGCAAAACCCCUCGAAGUAUCACUAUUAACCCUUUCCUGAAUUUAGAGAAACCUUGCGUCGAACCACAACAGCAUAUCACGCCUGAGGCAAUUUUGAAUGCCCUUAAUUUACCAACCACAAGUGAGCAGCAAGUGCUCGAAAUGAUUGGCAAACUCCCACCUAUUAAAUACAUCAAUUUUUACGAAAACUCAAAACCUCCAUACACUGGAACGUGGUGUUCACAGAAACAUCAAGAUCAGCAAACUGUCAUCAUUGGCAAUCCACUAGAUAAGGCAAUUACGGGGCUAGAUUACGACUACGAUUCCGACUUGGAAUGGAAUAAUGAAGAAAAAGAUGGCGAAGAUAUAGAUGAUGAUGAUGAUGAAGAAGAAGAUUUGCUGAUGUUACCUGAUGAAGAUGAUGAUGAGUUUAUUGAAAAGGAUUCUGAAUCUAGGCUGAAAAACAUACAUCAAAUGGUGUUGAUUAAUAAAUGGAACAAUGAGGAGAAUAAGGAAUUUUUCAGUCAUUAUACUACCCUGCAAGUUGUUGAUUUGAGUAAAUUGAAGAGCUUUAUAUAG